GGAAGGACAGAGGCGAUGAAUUCGGCGACGAGUUGCGAACUUCCCAAAUUGGCCCUGCCCGCGAGGCUACGUGUCGCUGAUGGAGAGGGUAGAAUUGGGAUUCGAACUAGCACACUAACAGCGCGUGGUCAUCCGAUGACAGAGAAGUCAGAAGAGGACCACCCACGCCGGUUGUCGUUGUCCUCGGUGCUGCUGAAGAAAGGCGAAGUUGAACGCUUGACCUCGCGUGCCUCAGGCGUGCCGUCGGUUGGCUUUCUCCCCAAGGAAACUCUUCCUUCUGGCCUCCUUGUUUCUCUCUUUAAAACCCUAACCAGCGAAGGCGGCAUCGUCGAUCGGUUUCGAUCAGGGGUGGGUGGAGGCGCUAUUGCGAUGUCGGGGACUGGUCCGAUCUCGCAGGAUUGGGAGCCCAUCGUGCUCCGCAAGAAGUCGCCCACAGCCGCCGCCAAGAAGGAUGAAAAGGCCGUCAACGCCGCACGCCGCAGCGGUGCCGAAAUCGAGACCAUCAAGAAGUACGAUGCUGGAACGAACAGGGCUUCUUCAAGUAGCAAGCCUCUGAAUACGAGGAAGCUCGACGAGGAAACUGAGAAUCUUUCUCAUGAACACGUGUCAAGUGAACUGAAGAAGAAUCUGAUGCGAGCUCGACUGGACAAGAAGUUGACGCAGAGCCAACUUGCACAGCUAAUCAAUGAGAAGCCCCAAGUGAUCCAAGAAUACGAGUCAGGAAAGGCUAUUCCAAAUCAACAGAUAAUUACCAAACUUGAAAGGGUGCUUGGAGUUAAACUGAGAGGUAAAAAGUAAAACAGGACACCAAGAACUCACCGAUGAUCAAGCCUGUGGUAAAAAAUGUUUCAUACGUAGUAAAUGGAUUUGUGUAGCUGAGCCACAUCUUCAGUACGUGCAAAAUGUGUUUUCUUUUUCCUUAAUGUGCUUGCGAACUUAGUGUAUAAAAGGUUGGAGUAACUGGUUUGGUUGUGUAUGAUAUUUUGAUAAUAAUAAUAUGUUUAUUAUAUAAA